AUGGUUUUCACAGCUACAGUCUUCUUAGAGUUUUGGAAAAGAAGACGAGCUGUACUUACUUAUGACUGGGACCUCAUAGACUGGGAAGAUGAAGAGGAAGAACUUCGUCCCCAGUUUGAAGCAAAAUAUUCUCAAGUGGAGCGAGUAAAUCCUAUAACAGGAAAGCCUGAGCCUUUUCAACCUUUCCCUGAUAAACUUAGUCGACUGAUGGUAUCUGUGUCAGGAAUAUUUUUCAUGAUUUCAUUAGUGCUAACUGCAGUGUUCGCAGUGGUGGUCUAUCGCCUGGUGGCUAUGGAGCGAUUUGCCUCUUUCCAGUGGUAUUUCAUAAAAAUGUACUGGCAGUUUGCAACCUCAGGCACUGGAGUCUGUAUCAACUUUAUAAUCAUCAUGUCCCUUAAUGUC